AUGGAGGCUGCGGAGCUGGCCGUGGCGUUCGACCUCCUAUGGCUACGGGAGGUGCAAGCUCUUUCCCAGCGACUUCCGCUGGUGACGCUUCCGCCCGGACGUGGUCCGGUGUUGUGGGCGGCGCCCUUUGGUGCGGCCUAUGGACUACAUCCUGGAGUACCUCAACCGCAAGGCCCCAGGCUUCCACCGUCGGAGCGGGACCACAGUGCAGCUCCGGCCUUGGCGGUGGUCUUGCAGGAACUUCGCCUUUGGGUCAGGGCUCAAUGCCUUCGCCUCCCGGCUUUGCUUAUGGCCCUUCCUCAGGAAUGCCCUCAAGCUCAGUCUGGACCCUCCCAAACGGGAAGCCCGAAUCCUCCAAGAGGAAUGAACUCUUCCACCAACCCCGAUGGGUUGAGUGGUGCUUCAGGGUAUGGUCCUGGUUCGGCCAACGCAUUCAUGGAUCGGCUCAAUGCCAACUCGGCUACAGCAUCAAGUCCACCUCCAGUGGCAAGCGCCUUCGAGGCAUUGGGCCAGGCACCUAUGACGACUUCAUCGACUUCAGCGCCUACGGAUCCUGCGGUGGCCGGAGAUCAGGUGGUCAAGGCUUUGACAGCGGCCUUGACAGGCCAGGUGGAAAACCUUCGCUCCUGGCUACGCUCACUGGCCUUUUGGGAACUGGACAACAACAUCCCGAAGAGCAAAUGGGGCUUGAAGCUGUUGAUGUCCUUCCCUGAGAAUUCAGCCUCCUUGGCGGCGACCAUCGACAUGACGGUCACCGCCUCGGAGCAUGGAUACGGCGCGAUCUUGAGUGCCAUCUUCACCAAGUACGCCCCGUUCCUGGAAGCAGCAGCUCCGGCGGCCAUCGAUGCCUUCUUCUUUGGUCCUGAGCGAAGCCGCUCGGAGAGCUUCUCGGCGUACAUCGCCACCAAAGAGCUGGCUUUGCAAGAUAUGGAGGCUCAGGUUGGUGAGAAGAUGCCACCACGGAUCGCCGGCCGCAUCCUGCUGAAGACACCUCGUCGCUACGAGCCUCAGGAGGUCUUCGAGAUCCACUCCGACGGCGAUCUGAUCCUGGAUGCGGACAAGGCUACCACGACAUCUACAGGCACCACGGGCACUACGAGCUCUUCGAGCACCACGACAAGCUCUUUGAAGCAUGUGAGGGGCAAAGCCGCCAACGCGCUCCUCACCACCGUGCUUAUCUUUUGCACCUUGCCAGAUGCAGCUGCCAAGUUCUCUUGGCUUGAUCCGCCAAGAAGCGCGGCUUCAGUGGUUCCAUCCAUCGCUCUUGACUUGACCACUGGCUGGGACUUCAAGCUAGCCGGCCAUCGUGAAGAAGCCCGCAACCUCGUGAAGACCAAGAGACCUGGAGUCUUGUUGCUGUCACCACCAUGCACCACACGCCUCACGAACUACAAGAGACAUCCAUGGGAAGUGCAACAAGAAGAACAAGAAGGAGAUCUUCACAUGGACUAUGCCGUCUCCCUGGCCGAGGACCAGCUGGACAACGGCCCUGUUCCGGGUGCUCUCGCCAAGAAGCCCACCUUGCUGGCCACAAACAUUGAAGAACUAUGCCACUAUGUGGAGCGGUCCUGUGACAAGAGCCACGCCCAUGGACCCUUGAUUGGUGGUGGAGCUCACCAAGCGGCAAUCUACACCCCGGAGUUCGUAAAGGCACUGGUGGACAGGAUCAAGGAAAAUUUGGGCUAUAAGACCAUGAACCAGCGCUCCAAGCACGAGCCCACUACCGAUGCCCAAUAUGUGAAGCUCGGCAGAGGCCGACGCCUGCUAGACCAGGUGCUGGACACCUUUCUGCGCCUGUGGGCGCAGCACUACGGGGCUCCCGUGGAUCGUGGACGUGAAUUCUUCAGCCAGAAGUUCGUGGAAGCGGUAGCUUCGUUGGGCGUGGGCAUACACUUUACUGACCCAGGCUCUCCGUGGCACAACUCCCGCGCGGAAAAAGCAGGAGGCCUGGUCAAGGAGAAACUGGCUGCCACGCUCUUGGAAACUUCAGCCUCGCCAGCCGAGCUCAAGACCGCCCUGGCAGAAGUCGUUGCCGCCAGGAACCGGUUCAUGGACCGCUUUGGCUUUUCGCCUAUGCAGCGGGUCUUCGGCAAGAACCUGAGGCUCCCUGCAUCCCUGCUCUCCACGGAUGCACUGGAUCGAGAGUUAGUUGAAUUGAGUGCAAAUGAGCAAAUCCAGAGGAUCUGGAGCAUUAGAGAUGCUGCCAUGACGCAGUGGUUGCGACGGCAGGAUCGCAGUGCCAUCCGCCGUUUGUGGAAAGCUUCGCUUGAGCAGAUCAGGCGAGCGACGCCGGAGGAAGAGUUGGGAGCUGAGCUGGUGGUUGAGCUAUCCAAGGAGCUCAUGGACAAACUGCAGCAACCUGGCCAAGUUGUCUACCAGGACGUGACUGCAGAAGGACACCCCGAAGAUGGUGAGUUCCCAGAAGAUGCUGUUCGCCGAGUCCUCCGAAUCACUGAGGACACCGGCCAAGGAGAUCGACUUGAACCACCACCUCCAAGCUCCGCAGAGAGCGCUCAGCUGCGAUUGGAAGAAGACACGCUUCCGGACACCGGCGCAGUCCCUGGCACUGACCACAGCAGGCGAGCAAGCAUGGAAAUCGAGACUGAAGAGCCCUUCGUUCCGGAGCCCAUGGAGACCAUCUCCGAGGAUCAGUUGGCCGCUACACCCAUGGCAAGCUUCUGUGAACGUGAUCAAUGCCUCUAUGUGACCAAGGCCAAAACCUCUUUCGGCCAGGUCGAGUUCGGCAAGCUUGCCGAGGAGGAGAAGAAGCUCUUUCGUGAAGCCCGAAAGAAGGAGCUGGACAGCUUGCCAAAGGAGCUGGAUCCGAACACCAUCUCCGAGUUCAAAAGACGAGCCAUGCAAGAAGGCCACAUGGAAGCAGUGCCGCUUCAAGUGGACCAGCGCAACCCCAAGAGCCGCUGGUGUGUUGUCGGAUGGCAAGACCCUGACGUGCUGGAGGUUGAACGGUCGAGCCCGGCCCCUUUGAGUACAUCCAUCUACACUUGCCUCCAGCUGGCUGCCUCAAGACAGUGGAAGACGCACAUCAAGGACGUCAAGACAGCCUUUCUUCAAGGACGUCCGACCACGAGGACUCGCCGUCUUGCUUGCCGCCAACCCCGAGAUGAAGCUCUACCUGGACUGCACCCUGACCAGUUGUUGCUCUUGGAGACAGAGGUCUACGGCCUGGUCUCCGGCCCUUCGUGGUGGCGAUGCAGCCUGUUGGGCAUUGCGGAGAAGUUGGGCUACAAGGUCUGCCCCUACGACCGCUGUGUACUCACCCUGCCAGGUGAGAAGGCUGAUGAGAUGACCCCCACUGAUGGUUUUAUGGUCAUCGAUGUCGACGACAUUGCCGAAGCCGGCAACGACCGCCACCGGGCCAAGAUGGAAGAGCUGCGCAAGCUUCUCAAGUUCGGCAAGAUUGAGGCCCUCUUCGAUUCCAAUGGCUCCUCCUAUGCUGGUCGUCAGAUCAAGCAGAACAAGGACUACAGCUUCGAGAUGAACAUGGAGGAGUUCAUUUACACCCGGCUUGAGCCGAUCAAGCUCAACAGACGAGUCCUGAAGAAGGAUGCCGCCUCCAUGCUCCUGAACGAGGCGGAGAAGACGCAGCUGAGGGGGCUCAUUGCAAGCCUCAACUGGAUUGCCCGUGAAGCUCGACCGGAUGCCAGCGCUGCAGCGUCGCUGCUCGCAUCGGCGUUCCCAUCGCCGUCGAUGAGCCACAUCCUGUCGGCGAACGACAUUGUGGCUCACUUGAAGACCUUCCCGGUCACCUUGAAGGUGCACGCCAUCAAGGAGAGCAAGCUGCGCAACAUCCUCAUCAGUGACUCGGCAUUUGACACGUCGGGAAAAGAUCUCGAGAGAUCGCAACAUGGCUGGCUGCUCGGCUACACGGACGACACCAUGAACCGUGGAGCCCUGGCCCCAGUGUCGCUGAUGCAGUGGCGCUCGAAGAGAUUGCGCCGGAAAGCCUCAAGCUCGCUCCUAUGUGAGGCAAUCUCCAUGUCAGCGGCCACGGCAGCUUUGGAGCGACAGGACGCCAUGAUGGAGGCGAUCUCGAAGUCGCACUUCAACCCUCGGCGCCGGCAGCGCAACGAGGACGACCUCCUGGAGCCGGCUGGCAAAGCGACGGUGAUCGCAAGCCAGUCGGGUGCUUUUCCGAUUGUGUUUCCAAUGCAAAGCCUUUACGGAAACGCCGCCGACGUAGGCAGCAGGUACCUUGCACGUUCCAAUUUGGAACCUGAAGCGAGCAGUCCGGAGACCACUUAG